CUCUUCUUGUCAGAUUCCCACCAUCGAACAGUUUUCUGAUAAAUCAAAUUGUCACACACCCUCCGCAUCCCCUCCCCAACAAGCUAUCAUGAUUCAGCUCCAAGCCCAAGAGAAAUCUAUUUCGACGUCCCCAGAGAAGACUGACCAAAUCCUCUUACAUAAUUACGCGGAGACAUUAUCGGCUGAAGACUCAAUUGACCCCUUACUGAAGCACCUCACUGACCCAUUCAACGUCGAACAGGCUGAUUCUCCUCAGAGUAGAACUCAAGAUGCUGUUCAAGGAAGUGCAGAAACCGCAAAUGACUUUUCGUGGCUACCAGACUUCACAAAUACUGCCAGCCAAGCCAAUACCGUUGCAGCUCACCUCUGGCCUCUAAACACUACACUCCCUUCCCUUCCUUCUACUCAGCCGCCUUCCUCGGAAGCCGAGUCCCCAGCUUCUUCCUUUACCGGUGGACCGCAUGCGGGAGUUGAAUGGCCAAAUAAUUUCGAUAACAGGAACAUCGAAUCGAUACACAGCACUGGCGCUAGCGAUCAUGAUGGCAUUGCCGGGGUUGUUGGAAUAAGCUCAACAAGUUCAGAGAGUGAACUAGAAGCUGGAGGAGGAAAAGAUGACGUGGUGCCGCCUCCUCCGAAGAAGAAAAGUCAUGCAAGGAAGCAACCGGAAGGUCACAUUAAAAGGGCCAGAAACGCCUUCAUUUUGUUUAGAAAGCACAUCACCGAUUCGAACUUGAUCCCUCCCAGUGUUGAGGUUAAACACCAAAACAUCUCAGUGGUUGCAGCCAAGAUGUGGAAGGAGGCGCCUCUGGAAGUGCGUCAAAAGUUCCAGGAACAAGCUCGCAUUGAGAAAGAGGAACACCAGCGCAAAUAUCCUGGGUACCGUUAUCAGCCGGUCUUUCGCCGAACAGACAUUAUCCGUCGUCGAGUGCGCAAAGAUCCAGCCGAAGACGAGAAGGUAGAUGCCGUGGCGGAAGCUCUUAUCAAAGGCAAAGCAGGAAAUGAGCUAGAGAAGGAAAUUAAAGAGCAGCUGGUUACGCGAAGUGAGGCAAGCGAGAGUGACGGCGAAAGCUCCAGGGGAAGCAGAAGACGCCGCCGGGAAACAGGACAGCUUUCUAAGGGUGCAAUUAGAGCCCAACGGGCCCAAGCUAGAGCCAAACAGAUGAGGCAAAAUCUACUGGGAUCCAAUCUCUUGAGCAUGUCUCUCUACAAUGCUGCCAACGCCCGUCUAGCUUCUUCCGCUGCUGCGACUGCUGCAGCUGAGAAUGACUACCGGUAUCAUUCUGGUAUCGAUGCCAUGGGAACGACGGUUGGGCACGGCCAUACUCAUCCAGGGAUGCAAUACGCCUUGGAUUCUUACAUUCAGCUAGGAUAUGGUCUCGAUAACAGGCCUGUACAAGUUGCAGGGUACUCCGGGGAGAUGUAUGGGGCCCCUUCUACGGCAUCAGGCCACGGAAGUGAUAUAUACCGACUUCCUCCCAUUAACGGUAUGAUGGCUGUCGAAAACGGGUACGAAUGGCAUGCUCCAAGUAUGGAGUAUUGGGAUCAGACAAACGUAGAUCCGGAGGCGGCCCAACGGCAAGCGGGAUAUCCUUUUGAAGGGGAGUACUACGCCACUCACUAUGAUUUGGAGGGAGGAGUUCCAGAGCAAACGGAGUAUCACCUUUCCUCUCUUAUGGAGACUUCUCACGUAGGUAACGGGUCGCUUCCCGAGCGAGCGCCGGGAGACAUUAUCGCUGGCGCCUAUGUUACUCACGAGAAGCAGGAAGACAAGGAGCUGCCUAGUAUGCGACAGUGGGCUGGCGAAGGACAGCAGACUCCUUCUGGACAUGUGAUGUUCAACGAGAGAUUAUUUGAUGGUGCAUUAGGGAGUGCAGGUCUUCCUGACAAGGCUGAAGAACCCGACGCUUUAGCCAUGUUCGAUCAAGCUAUGGAGCAAGCAGGCGAGAUUGCACCUUGGUAAUGUUGAAUGAGCGAGAAGAUGGGAGCCUGAGGUACGGAGUUCUGGGAGAGAUCGUUUGUGGCGUGGUGGGAUCGGAGUUGCGUGGCUUCUUUCUUUUAGAUUCUACGAUAG